CAUUUAUUCUAUUCAGUCUAGUUUGUGUCACUGUUGUGUUUCUUGUCUUUUCUGAAUGUGUUAUAUGAAUUGUGUCUGGAGUGGGAUUACAUGGACCCAACUAACUCUCCUCCCUCUGUCCCUUCUCACGCUCCUACUCUUCCCCCUCGUCCUCCCCCUCUCUCUCAGGGAGUCCCCGUGCCUCAGCGUCAGCCUCUCCAACUUCCCCUCCUCCUCCAUCAUCCAGCAGUUCCAGUCCCUACUUCACUCACCCCCACCAUCCGCUACCACCACCACCAGGACCCGCUCAAGGAGUUUGUCCAAUUCGUCUGCGCCGACGGCUCGGGGCAGUCCGGGGGACAGGUGAGAGCAUACUCCACGGCAGGCUCCACAGCUCCCAACAGGUUUGUCAGCAUCGGAGCACGGGACAACUUUCUGAACAUCCCCCAGCAGUCUCAGUCUUGGUUCCUCUGACAAGGCCUCCGACUCAACCGCUAGAAUUGUGUCAUGAGAAAAUUGGGAAUGGAAAAACAACACAACACACAAAACAAACCAACACUGACUACAAACAAACUGCUGACACUAAAGUAUUUUUGCUUAACAACCAACAACACAAAAACAGAAAAUAACCCCCCAGAAGAAUACCCAUUUCCACGAUUUGAACAUUUGAACCGGAACAACCAUCUCCCUAUACAGAAGGCUGAAAAGAGAUCGGUUGAAGUGGACAGACUCAGAACGAACGACAGAACGAGGAAGAAGAGGAGGAAGAAAGAUGAGGAAAUGUCACACACAAAACAUGUCAGAAAGCAAACAAAAAUAUGCAACCUGACAACUAACUGACCAAUUUCGUUGUAUUGUUGUUUUUAUAUUUUAUUUUCACAAUGAAACUCCAUGCAAUGGCUGGGAGAUCCACCCACACACAACAGUGUAAAACACAUAGUUGGCAGAAUUUGGUCAUUUGAGCUAUAGCUAUAAACAUUGUCACCACCCAAAAGAACCCAUUCUGUAAUCCUUUAGUCUCUCCUCCUGACGGUGCUUUCUGUCCCUGCUCCCUCUCUCAUCUGUCAACCAGGUGUCCAGGGUUGCCCUGGCAACGCCCACAGCCUCACACAACCACAUCCGACUGGCCUCACUGCCGCUUGAUGUACUCAGCCCUGAAUCCCCUCCUUCCUCCCUUCUUCUGAUUGGCCAAACACUGGGACACCAUCCAAUGGUGUGAUACUAUCUGCACUAGAUGGCUGGUUUUAGCUUACCCUCUUGUGAAGAGCGAUAGCCAAUAGCAUGAGCCGAGAGCGAACACAAAACAGUCAGUCAGUCAGACAUAAGACAGUCAGACAUAACAGACAGAAAGUCAGUCAGUCAGACAGACAUAACAGAGAGACAGACAAACAUAAGAGACAGACAUAACAGACAGACAGACAGACAGUCAUACAACACUAUGCCCUCUUUCGUCCCCCCACCUAUGCACUACUGAAACAAAUAAGGGAGGAAACAGAGCGAUCCAGCAGGUCGCUGAAGGCAGUGUGUGUGUGUGGGCAAUGGGCUGUGGCUCUGGCAUCCUGGCACUCACACAUACACGCACUCACGCAGACUCAAAGUACGUACACACACACACACACAGAUCAUUGUCUCCAGAACCCACACGUCUGGCAGACACAACUGAUUCACUGACAAUACCAUUUUGUCUGUGUGUCCUUCACAGUAACAUAAUACAUGCAUAGGAUCAACAUCAUCGUGUAAUAACUAGCUUUCUUUUGGUUUGUAGCCGUUUUCUUGCAUUUCAUUUUGUUUGCCGGAUUGGUUUUGGUUUUGUCUCACUUGGAUUCUUUUGCUUAUGUUUGACCUUCUUCCCUAAGAUCUUUUUCUUUCAUCCGCUUUUUAUUUUGCAGAAAAAAAUAUCAUCUUCGUUUGCAAUAACAGGCAUCUCUGAAAUCUCUCACAAACACCAGUACAGGAACUUGCGACAACCCCUGCCCUGCUUCACCCUGUAACCACAGUCCAUUCACAGUAGCGCCCGGAGGAACACACGCUGACACACCACCGUAUCAAAAUGCACACUACUAACACCGUCACCCUGAUUCCAAACACAAAGGUGAGCCUUUAUAUACGAGUUUCUCCAAACUGCCUUUGAUAAUGGUUUUUCAUUCAUUUUGACAUUUGUCAUUUUUAAUUUGAGAUACCUUGUUUUUUUCUAUUGUAAAUGUGAUUUAUUAAAUUGUUAUUGAUAUUGUAAUUUUUUUUUUUUUAUCAUGACACAAUAAUUCAAACAAAAAAAAAGCCAAACCUCACAAAAUAACUGGACUGCCUAGCUGUUGGUUUCUUCCAUGUGCAGGGAUAGAAUUAUCUGACAGCCCAGGCACUCUGAGUUUAUAGUAAAAUUAGCUCUAUGUACUCAAAUCAUAUAUCACAACUAUAACAAUCUAUGGAAGUGCCUCUGUACUCCCCUAUCAUGCAAUUAGUUCAAAUUCAGGUUGAUGUUUUUGUUCACAUAUAUGCUAAAGCUACAAAGAAUGGUGAUGUUUCUUCCUAUAUGGAAACCAUUGGCUAUAGGACAGAAUCUUUGUAGAAGACUGCAAAAUGUUAUAAAGAGAGAGAGAGAGAGAUCUUAAACAUAUAUAUUUAUGGUAUAUGCUCCUUUUUAAACUUGACUAAAAUGAGCUUGUUGGCAGUUUAGUUAUUUUCUGAACUCUUGAGCUAGCAGAAUUCCAUGAUGGACAGCACCUCACUGUCACCAUGACAAUUCAAUGAGCACCCACCCAACCUCCACAAAUCUACAGUGCAGCGUUCAAAAAACGAAACAAAAAUGUCCAUGAUGCAAAAUAGAUUAAACAUGUCAAAAUCGACAAUGGAAAAAUUGAAGAAAAAAAGUGUUUGUUUUUUUGAUGGAAAGUAUUAUUAUUGAAAAAUAUGUGUCGAUUGAGCCACGUGCAAUGCAUUGGGUAGAUUCAUUGUGUUUUGUCUGUUAGAGAUUUUUAAGAAAGCUAAGAAGAAAAGAGAAAAAAAAUCUAUUUGUUUCAAGUCCAAUGUGCUCCUGGACUCUAAACUAACAGAGCCAUAUCCUAGUCUUUGUAAGUUGGGGGUAUUUGUUUUUAUUUUCCUUUAGUGUCUCUUUUUUAAUGUUUAACGUGUAAUCAUUUGUUUAUAAACAUGUUUGGAGGGGCUGAAGGAAGAAACAUUUCUUACAAAACGUUUAAAAACAAAUUGAACAUGGAAUGAAAAACCGGUGAAAUGAAAAACCGGCACUUUUACACACUAUAAAGUACAUUCAAACUAUUACAAAAUGAAUGAUAAUGAACAAAAUAAUGACUACCUUUAGGAAACCGCAUUUAUUACUCCUCUUCUCUAUUUCUAUUCCUUCUCCUGUUUGUAAUAUUGAGUGGAGGGAGGGGUUCCUAUUCCUUCCUAUAUUCCUCUAGUAGGUUGUGAAACAAAAGGCAUUUUGGUUCAACCUUUAGAUAGGACGAGAGCUGUACUGUAGGCUUAUCAAUGCCCACAACUACUUCUUCUGAUUUCUCCCAGAUUAUUAUACUCCUCUCUCUGAGUCUGAGCAAGGGGAAAAAACAUGGCAGCUUAGAAUUUGUUUCAUUUGAGGAGCCAGCCAGUCUGUCAGAACCAUGACGUAAUGAUAGAAAUACAGUAGGCCUAUGCAAAGUGAGCUUCCCUCCACCCCUUCCUUCUCCACCCUCUCCCUCAUUCCCCUGUAAAUUCACCUUGACUAGUGCUUGUGCUGUAGUGUAGUUUCCCAGCAGUUAAAGGUUGUCCCUUAAAAGUGCCUUUUGUUCACAGACUCCAUUUUGUAAUCCAGAUCGCUCCCCUUUCAUUCGAUAUAAUUCAAGGUAGAGGUGGAAGUGCCGCUAAGUGCAGAUCUAGGAUCAGUUUACUGUAUUUCCUGACCUGAACCAUUAGGAGGGGAUAUGCAAAAAUGACCUUAGAUCAGUGCUUAGAGAGCAACUUCAUCUGAUCUCAACCUUUGAAAAAUGAUCCCCCUCCAUUGUAUCAACCUUCCCAUAAAUCCUUUCCCUUUUCAAAAUCCGUAUAUAUAUAGUACAAAAGGAAACUGGUGUGAAUUAGUUCUUUACUUUUUAUUGAUAAAUGAUUAAAAAAAAAUACUGAAAAGGCAAAAAAAACUUGUUCUCGUUCCCCCUUGCUCUCUGGCUUUUUUCUUCUUCCCUCCGUCUCCUCCUCUCCUCUGUCUAUCUGUUCUCUCGUAGACACCGGAGUAGUCUGUAAGUGUGUCCUCUCUCUCUCCUUCCCCCUCCCUGCCUUCCUUCCUUCCGUUGAUGGAAGGGGUUGUUGAAAAAAAAAAUGGCCGAAACUUUUUGUCUUGAGCAGAAUGCAGUUAGCUCACGUUAUUCUUGUCUGUAUUGCCUCUUCUUCACAUUGUAUACCAUUACCCAUCCUCUUCAGCUUCUCCAUUCAAACAGCUAAUGUAAGUGAACAAAUUACACCAAUGGGCUUUUGGGGGUGUGCCUGCCCAGUGUAGGGUAGGACUGGGUGUUAGGGGUUAUGGGGGUAAAGGUCUUAGGGGGUCAAUAAUGUUGGGGUAAAGGAGAAAUUAUAGGGGUACCUUUUGGGUGUUGGGGGGGGGGCUGCUCUUCUGCUGUGACAAGUUAAGAGUUUUUAUUUUAUUUAUUUUGUUUUAUUUUAUUCCUUUAUUUUUAUUUUUGACUUAAUUUUGAUUUUUGCUUUCAUAGUUCCUAUCUAUCAGGGUAUGCCGUCAUUGAAACUCUAUAAGAGAGUCUUGGACUGUAAAUGAAAUGCUACAAGCACCUUAUAACUACUGGCUGAGAAAGGGGGGUUUGCAAUACUACCAGCACACACACACACACCUAGUCAUGUAUCAAAUACUCUAAACUCUUGUAUUAUUAUUGUGAGGUUUUAUCUAGUGAAGCCAGGAGCAGUAUUAGCCAUUGGCAAAACACACACCACAACCCACCAUAUAGAGCCAGCAUGAACCAGGCUUGAGGCAUACUCUCAAGUGAAACGUAGAGAUAUCAGUUUGAAUGCCAGGCUCUAAAAACUCUGUUCCGUUUUGAGAUUUUUUUUUUUUGUGGUGUCUAGACAGUACGCCCUUUGACCCCCGACCCUACGCCCUCAGAGCAGAAGAGCCCCACUCAUGCCUGUAGCUCUGUCUGAAAUGGCACCCUAUUCCCUACAUAGUGCACUACUUUUUCACUAUUCCCAUAGGGCCCUGUUCAAAAGUAGUGCACUAUGUAGGGAAUAGGGUGCCAUUUUAAAUGCAUCCCAUGUCUUUGUGUAUAAGAAACACCCCCAGAGCUCUAUAGGUGAAAUGCAUGUGUUAAUUACAGUUUCUUUUCCAUAAGAAGAAAAACACAGUUUGAGCAGAGCAGCACCUUGAUUGAAUAAAAGGAUGUUCUUGACUGUA